GUUGGUUCUGUUCUAUUGAAGGGACUCGGUAGUUCUCUAAUGGAGGGAACCAGCAAAACCACCAAAAGAAAGCUGGUCAAGAAAUCUGACAACAAGGUCGAUAAGAAACUCAAGAAGGAGCUUGAUGAUCCCGUUUCCUCUCAGCCACACGACGAUGCCUCCGACUCCGAUUUGGACGAUCUUCCCAAACUCCUCGAGCCCUUCUCCAAGACACAACUAAUCGAGCUCAUCUGCACCACUGCUCUCAAAGAUGCUAAUCUCGAAGCCCAAAUUCGAGCUGCUGCCGACCGUGAUGUCACGCACCGCAAGAUUUUCGUCCAUGGCCUCGGUUGGGACACCACCAAAGAAACCCUAACUUCGGUUUUUGAAUCAUUUGGUGAAAUUGAAGACUGCAAUGUGGUUUUGGAUAAGAAUACAGGGAAAGCUAAGGGCUAUGGGUUUAUUUUGUUCAAAUCCCGUCAGGGUGCGACUAAGGCGUUGAAGGAACCUAGGAAGAAGAUUAAUAACAGGAUGGCUUCGUGUCAAUUGGCUUCUGUGGGUUCAGUGCCGCCGCCUCAAAGUCAGGAGGUUGGGCCGCGGAAGAUUUAUGUGGCGAAUGUGCACCAUAACGUGGAUGCUGAGAGGCUUAGGACGUUCUUUGCGAAGUUUGGGGAAUUGGAGAUGGGUCCGAUUGGGUUCGAUCCCGAAACAGGGAAAUCGAGGGGUUAUGCUAUUUUUAUUUACAGAACAAAUGAAGGUGCGAGGAGGGCUCUUGAGGAGCCACACAAAGUAUUCGAAGGGAACAAAUUGCAUUGCCAGAGGGCGGCUGAGGGGAAGAACAAGAAUCAGAAUUCGACGCAGGCAGUGCAAAGCUUGGCGCAGACUCAGCCGCCGAUGAUGGCAGCCAUGGCUACAGCUUCAAAUUUGCCAUUGUUUGCUCAACAUCCGAGCCUCAAUCCUGUGUGCGGUGGAUUUGGGAACCCAGCUUUGGGAGGUGGAAUGUUAAACCAGGGAGUAGUUCCCAUGAGUCAAGUGGGUCUGGUUGGUAGUUCAGUUGGGGCUGGGAUAGGCUUGAGUGGUUACAGUGGGGGUUCAUAUGGCUUAAGCCAAUUAAGUGCCGGUGGUUCGUCAAUGCUAGGCUCUUACGGGUCCGAUUCUUCAUCACUGAAGGGGUUGCCGCACAUUUAUUCGAGCACAAUGCUUGGCAAGGCCGUAUCGGAUCGGGGUCCGGCGGCUUCUGGUGG